AUGCGUCCCUCCACCUACAUCCCGCUCCUCGCCGGCGCUGCCAUGGCGCAAGAGUCCGCGACGAUCCUCAACUUCUUCCAAUUCGACAGCACCCUCACUGUGCUCGGUUCAGAUGCGAGCGCAACAACCUACGAGAACAGCUUACCGAUCACAGACGACCCCUCCAAGACUCCCUCACCUACACCCGCGCCUCGCAUGCGCCGCCAGGACGAUGAUUCCAACGAGGACUACUCCUUCUGCGAGCCGUAUACCAUCUUACAAGGCCCCGAGACGUACGAGAUGCACCUCACGGACCCGACUCCAGGCGCGUGGACAAUGGACAUGGCUUGCAGCUGGCAGGGCGCAAUGUCAACGGCAGACUUGACAUGCGACGUCACCCAGAGCGGAUACGUCCCGGACCAGGCCGACCAGGUCGCGUCCACGAGCGUCUUGUCGCAGAGCGAGAUACAGGAGAUGGAGGCGUACCAGGUGGUUGCAUUAGUCACCGCAACUGGUGCGUCUUCCCCAGGAUCAGCCUCAGCGACUGGAGGACCAUCAUCUACUGGCUCGGCAUCAGGAACAGGAGCGACAUCGCCUUCGAGGUCUCAAUCCGGUGCCGCUUCAACACCGAGCACCGGUUUGGCACCUGCUGGAUCUCUUCCGACUGCGAUGGCGAUGAUGGGUGCUGUGGGCAUUUUCGCGGCAGCCGUAGCUCUGUGA